CUCCCCCCUCUCUCUUCUCCUCCAUCAUGUCGUUCCGUAAGGAGAUGGAGAAGUACCGGGACAUCGACGAGGACGAGCUCCUGCAGAAGCUCAGCGAAGAGGAGCUGAGUAGGCUAGAAGAUGAGCUCCAGGAGCUCGACCCUGAUAACGCCUUGUUGCCUGCUGGGCUCAGGCAGCGUGAUCAGACAAAGAAAGCUCCGACCGGCACGUUCCACAGGGAUAACCUGCUGGCACAUCUGGAAAAGCAGGCGAAGGAGCACCCAGACCGCGAUGACCUGGUGCCCUACACGGGCGAGAAGAGAGGGAAGCCGUGGGUCCCUAAGACGAAGAUUGUUGACCCAAUUCUGGAGGAUGUGACCCUUGAGCCAGAGCUAGAAGAGGCCUUAGCCAGUGCUUCAGACGCAGAGCUCUGUGACAUAGCAGCUAUCCUGGGCAUGCACACUCUGAUGAGUAAUCAACAGUAUUAUGAAGCCCUGGCGAGCAGUACCAUCGUCAACAAACAAGGCUUAAACAGUGUGAUCCAGUGUGCUCAGUAUAAGCAAGUCCCGGAUGAGGAGCCCAAUGACACUGAUGUGGAAGAAACGCUAGCGAGAAUUAAACGUAAUGACCCUGAGCUUGUGGAGGUCAACCUCAACAACAUUAAGAAUAUUCCCAUCACCACUCUAAAGGCCUGUGCACAGGCCAUGAAGAACAACAUAGUGGUACGAAAGCUGAGCAUUGUUGGAACCCGGAGCAAUGACCCUGUAGCCUAUGCAUUAGCUGACAUGCUGCAGGUGAACUCUACUCUGAGGAGUCUGAAUGUGGAGUCAAACUUCAUUACAGGAGCUGGAGUCAUCGCCCUGGUGGAGGCACUACAACACAACACCACCCUGCAGGAGCUGAAGAUCGACAACCAGAGCCAGCCCCUUGGUAAUAAGGUAGAAAUGGAGAUUGCCAGCAUACUGGAGAAGAACAGCACUCUGCUGAAGUUUGGAUACCACUUCACUCAGCAGGGACCUCGACUACGCUCCUCGAAUGCCAUGAUGUACAACAACGACCUAGUCAGAAAGAGAAGGCUUGAAGAGGGCCCCAUCUUCCCUAAAUGUCGGACAAACGUGUAGUGUAUAGGGACGGCAGUGGUGACGGCGCCCUCUUCUGGCAUAGAGGUGUAGAGCAACCCAUGUCUCCCUCUACUCUUCCUGAUGUCUCUGUCUUCUUUUUAUCUCUGGUGUCCAUAGUGUACUGUUGCCUCACUGUACUCUCUCUCUCACACACACACACACACACACACACACACACACACACACACACACACACACACUUAUGAUCCGAACAUUAUGGAACUAGAGGAAGUGCUUGAGGCUUUGGGUAUCUGCCAUAAAGCACAGGAAGCGUUUCCCAUUAUAAUCUGAAGCUUUUGAUAUUUACAUUUGAUAAUAACAAAGUAGAUGAUGUAGUAAUUCAGCAUACAUGAAGCAGAGUCAUUUCCAUAAAAUACAAUAAAUCUGCGGGGUCUCAUGGAGUUCUCACACAGCAUGAAGCUGAGAUCAUGGAGAGACUAGCUGUGUUUGAACUGCCUGCCACGAGGCACUGAAGAUUUCUCACCCGCGCUCUCUUCCGUUGACCGUUACUGUAAAUAUUCAGAUCUCCAGAAAGAGGGUUCGAACGUGCUGGUUCCUUCACCAGGGCUGUAGGAGCAGGGGGAGGGAGGGCUCAGUUCAGCCCGGUCCAAACACGGCACCGACGUGUCUGGAUCACAUUUACUCACACACAUGCGCGCACACACACACACACAGGCACAAAUAUACUUGUAAUAGUCGUAUUAUUAGAGUGGAUAUAUUUUAUUUCCUGAAUUUUCUGCGUGUGGUCUGUUAAAAUGUGUGUGUUAUCUGUAUGCCCUUAGCGAGUGUGUGGAAACACUUCAGUUGUAUUUACAUAAGAUGUGACACAGUAUUGUACAUUAGCAGUGUAUUUCUACUGUGAGAGACUCCCUUUCCGAAGCACAAUCUUAGCGUUGGACUUUAAUGAGAUGUCCUUUUAUGCUCCUAGUCUCUGCACUCCUUGUCUCUCUCUCCCUCUCUCUCUCUCCCCCCCCUUCUCUCUCCAUCUCCCUCUCAGGUAUAUACUCAUAACUUGACAGUAUUAGUGAUGAAACAUUGCUGUAGAUGUUCGUGGCAUGCACAUGUCCCGAGGGGUGAGGUGUUCUGGGACAGUCUUCCCUCAGUGACACACACACACACACACACACACACACACGCACGCACACACACACACUGAGUGGAUAGUUUUGCAUGGUGUGCUGGGUAAAUAGUUGUAACUCAGUUAGCAUCCAGGCCAUACUCAGCUAUACUGCACCUUACUCUGCUACACUCCAUUAAGGAAACUAUCCCUUUCUCUUCCCUGCUUUGUUAUAUUUGCUACAGGCUGCUAGACUGUGUCACUUUUAUAAAAGAUAUUUCAACUCUGGAUCUAGAAUCCAUGCUCCAGUCUGGGAUUUUGGGAUGACUGCUAGUUAACUGAAUGGUUGAUGCCAUUGGCUACUUUGUCGUCAGCCAUGACUCCUGGUGAAAGGGAAGAGGGAGGGAGGUCUUUCUGGUAUUGGGAUACCUGUGUGUGACAUUAGUUAACCAACAGCCAUGAGGAAACCCAGGACUGGAGUUUGGACUGAAGGUGUGGAGUGGAAGACCUCAGUUGUGCAGUGUGCUGUGCCCGCCACUGAGUGGCGCCCUGCUCCACGGGCCAGUGAGGACACACACACAUUUGCGCAGGGUUGCUUUUAAUCUCCCAGUCUAUCGUUGUGUUGGGUCACGUUAUUGUUUUGAGUUAAUAAAGAUUGGAAUUAUAAAUGUC